GAUGGUAAUCCUGGAGUUGAUGUCGGGUGGGAUUCUUCGCAGCUACCUCCAUCAGCUCAUGCCCAGAUCGGGUGUGACGUUGGAGUCUUCAGUGCCUGGGCAUCUGUUGCAGAUGUCCAUUGAAAUAGCCAGAGGCAUGUCCUACCUUGCCAAGCGCCAGUUCAUACACAGAGAUUUAGCUGCUCGUAACAUUCUCCUGGACAGUUCACAUGUGUGCAAGAUUGGCGAUUUUGGAAUGUCACGCAAUCUAGCAGAUGAUACCUACUAUGAAUCACAUGGUGGCAAGAUCCCGUACAAGUGGACUGCACCUGAGGCUAUGCUAUAUCGCAAGUACUCACUGUCAAGUGAUGUUUGGAGCUAUGGCAUAGUGCUCUACGAGAUCUUCACACUGGGCAAGAAGCCAUACUUUGGCAUGCAGCCACAGCAGGUGAUAUCGUUUGUGUCUGAAGAGCGCAGACGACUGCCCCCGCCACCUGGUGUGAAUGCAGAACUAUACAAAGUCAUGCUGGACUGUUGGCACCCGGACCAUCGACUGCGACCACGAUUUGAUCAGCUGACACACCGCCUCUCGCGGAAGUCACCAUUCCUAGCUGCCCAGCAGCGGACUGCUGGCAUACCCGAGCAAGCAUACACAGUCGGGAGUCCGCUGCAGGCAUCACAGAAUAUGCACAGAGACCUGCAGAUGAGGUUCUGCCAGUGACGAGGAGUCCACAGACCAGUGCUGGCUCACUCACAGCGCUGACAUGAUUCCUCCCCUGUGGACUGUCACCAACCGAGCCAACUACUCCGUUCUCAAGCUCUCGGCCACUGGUGGCUUUGAGUUAGUGUGGCGUACUGGAGCGUCCACCCUCCUUGAUCAGAGAUCGAGCACACUAACUAACCGAGAUAUACAUGCCUGUGCUCAGCCUUCACCGUUGCCACCUAUGCUGGCAGCUUUUGCGUGAUACAAAGACUCUAUAAUACUACCAAAGUACGAAUCGUACUGUGUUGUUCCGACAGUAGUUCAUGACGACUGUGUUGAGACGUUUUUUGAGACCCCACUCUGCUCUGUCUACUUGAUGCAGCGAAUGCUAUUUUUUGAAAUUAUAGUUAGCAAUAUUCACUGGUUGAGGGACUGGAUAUAGUUAGCAGUAAAAAAUUUCAGAUAGCACACGUUGAGCCCCUAUGAUUGGACAUGUGAUAUUUGCUUAUACUUGCAGUUACUUUUUAUGUUGAAACAGGAAGAUUUUUUAAAUUAAUAAUUUGUGAAACCCUUUCCUAACAAAUCAUUAAUGCAUUGCUGAAAUCGCUACCACUACAAAUUAUAAUUCAAAUCCCUUUUGCAUGUAUAAUGACUACUGCUUUGAAAGCUUGCAUACCAUUGUAUACCUGAGGGCAAUUUUGCCGAAAUGUUGUCAUGACUGAUUGAUAAACGAGUUCGAUAUUGUUUAUUAACUGGUGGUGUUAGUGGACAUUAUAGCGUAACUUGUAGUUCCUUGGUCCUUUUUCUAUUCUUUGAGUUCGAUAUUGUUAUGGGAAAGAGCGGGUCAGCUCUAAGAACUACUUC